AUGGACAUUGAUUCGCCAUACGAGGCCACUCCUCUUCGGGCGUGCGACCGAUGUCACUCUUUGAAAACACAAUGCCUGUUCGGGAACCCCUGUGGAAGAUGUGAGCGACUUGGCUUGACUUGCACCAAUGACCGACCACAGCGUGCGCGCGGUCGCCCUCCAAAGGGGACAUCUAGAUUCCGGUCUGCAUACGCCGUCCAGCUGUCACCAGAAGACACAAGUUCUAGAUCGCCGCUCGGUGGCAUUUACUCUACCGAGUCACCACCAUUUUUCCAAGGUCUACCAGAAACGUCUCUGCCAUAUGAUGUUCUCACCUCGAUUAUUCAGCAAUUUCUCACUUCGGUCCCUGGAUUGGGUCUGUAUAGUAUCAUUCCCGCAUGCACAAAUCUGCAACUGAACCAUGAUAGUGCUUUCAAGCAGGUUCUUGACGAUGUGCUUCAACCUGAGGUUCGAUGUACUUUGGUUGCGAUUGCCCUGAACUUUUAUGGGCAUCGUGUUCCGGGAUACACGCAGAAGAGGGCCGUUUUUGACCAAGAUGGCCUGCAUACGAGCGCUCUUUCAUCGAUUCCGAAUAUCGCUUCCAGAAGCAAUCAGCCUUCGUUGUCCAGUGUUUUCUGCCUCCUAUUACUCAGUCAUACCUGGGCUAUUGCGGAGAAUUACAAGAAGAUCCCAAUACAAUGGUGCUCUCUUGCAAGGAUCAUUUUUGACAAUUGCGAAAAGGGAGAUGAGGGAACGUCUUUAUACUCUAGGGAGUUUGCCCGUCGGAUAGACAUUGGGUUGAGCUUACAGGAAAGGUAA